CCUUAAGACAAGAGGGAGGAAGAAAGAAUCUAUAUACACACGAUUCCCGUCGGCUCCCACCUGAGCCAGACUACCUUUGCCGUCAACAGAUGCCCAACACCAAACCCGUAUAGCCCUUUUAUCCUUGGCACUCGAGAAAAACACUUCCGAUAUUUUCAGCCUAUAACACCUAACAACAAAGAUACCCUGCCGGAAGAGAAAGCAAGAUGUUGUACAAACCAGUCUUCGCCAUUGCCGCCUUGCUGCAGUUCGCCCUUCCCGCCUCCGCCGCCUUCAUCUUCUGCGCAGGCGCCACCAUCGACGGCAGCUGCCCGGCCGAUAAAGGAGUCAAGACGGACUGCCAAGACAUCUGCGGGAACUGCAAGCCGAACUGCUUCGGCGGCGGGGUGCAGGACUUGGGAGCGACGUGCUGCACACAGGCGGACGGGACCAUCAACAUCUUUUGCUUCCGGACAGGGAAGAACAACUGUUAGAGGUUGUCGGGAAGGAGGUGGUUGGGCAACGUCGCUUGCCAUUGGCGAGACCGACGCAUCGUGGUCGUUUUGGUCAACAGCGGUUUUUUGGGCUACAUUACGUGAAUAAAGAAUGAAAAGAAAAGUUGAUGAUUUCACACAUGGCCGGGACCAUAUGCUCCAG